UCGCUGCCUGGUCCUCUCUGUCCCCGCGGCGCGUUGCGGGCCGUUCUGCGGCCCCGCCCCCGCAGCCCUCGGCGUCCCCCCGGCCGGCCGGCCUCCUUCCCCGCCCGGAGCCGCGCGCCAGGACGGCUGAGGCCGGAGGAGUGGUUGGAAGAACAAUGCAUGUAAGUCGUUGACACCAUGAUAUCCAUCAGGCAAAGAAAAGGAGUGAAAACCACAGAAGUUUCUGAGGAUUAUGCAGCACAAGAAGCAAAUGUGAAGUUGGAAAAUAAAUUGCCAUCUGGUUGUACCACUAGAAAGUUAUGGAAGCUUCUGUCAUUUACGGUUGGUGGAACCGUUGCCCUUUGCAUCGGACUCCUAACAUCUGUCUACCUGGCCACUUUACAUGAAAACGAUUUGUGGUUUUCUAAUAUUAAGGAAGUGGAGCGAGAAAUCUCAUUCAGAACAGAAUGUGGGCUGUAUUACUCCUACUACAAGCAAAUGCUGCAGGCUCCAACCCUCAUGCAAGGUUUUCAUGGCUUAAUAUAUGAUAACAAAACUGAGUCUAUGAGGACAAUUAACCUUCUUCAACGCAUGAAUAUUUACCAAGAAGUUUUUCUCAGUAUUUUAUAUAGAGUCCUACCCAUACAGAAAUAUUUAGAGCCAGUUUAUUUUUAUAUUUACACCUUGUUUGGACUGCAGGCGAUCUAUGUCACAGCCCUGUACGUAACCAGCUGGCUACUUAGUGGGACGUGGCUGUCGGGGCUUCUAGCAGCGUUCUGGUAUGUCACCAACAGAAUAGAUACCACAAGGGUGGAGUUUACCAUCCCACUGAGGGAGAAUUGGGCUCUGCCAUUCUUUGCGAUUCAGAUAGCAGCAAUCACGUAUUUCCUGCGACCAAACUUGCAGCCUCUUUCUGAAAGGCUGACACUUCUUGCCAUUUUCAUAUCAACUUUUCUCUUUAGCCUGACAUGGCAAUUUAAUCAAUUUAUGAUGCUGAUGCAAGCAUUAGUGCUGUUCACACUGGACUCCUUGGACAUGCUGCCGGCAGUGAAGGCGACAUGGCUGUACGGCAUCCAGAUGACAGGUUUGCUCCUGGUCUGCAUCCUUCAGUUUUUUAAUUCUAUGAUUCUUGGAUCAUUGCUUAUCAGUUUUAAUCUUUCAGUAUUAAUUGCAAGAAAACUUCAGAAAAAUCUGAAGACUGGAAGCUUCCUUAAUAGGCUUGGGAAACUAUUGUUACAUUUAUUUGCAGUUUUAUGUUUGACACUUUUUCUCAACAACAUUAUUAAGAAAAUUCUUAAUCUGAAGUCAGACGAACACAUAUUUAAAUUUCUGAAGGCAAAAUUUGGGUUUGGAGCAACAAGAGAUUUUGAUGCAAAUCUGUAUCUGUGUGAAGAAGCAUUUGGCCUCUUACCUUUUAAUACAUUCGGAAGGCUUUCAGAUACUCUCCUUUUUUAUGCUUACAUAUUUGUUCUGUCCAUCACAGUGAUGGCAGCCUUAGCGGUCGCCUUUCAUAAUCUCAGUGAUUCUACAAGCCAACAAUCCACGGGUCAAAUGGGAAAGUGCACGAUCAUCCUGAAACCAGAAACUGCUUACAACCUAAUACAUACCAUUCUGUUUGGAUUCUUGGCAUUGAGUACAAUGAGAAUGAAAUACCUCUGGACGUCGCACAUGUGUGUGUUCGCGUCGUUUGGCUUAUGCAGCCCUGAAAUAUGGGAGUUACUCCUGAAGUCGCUCCAUCUUUAUAACCCAAAGAGGAUAUGUAUAAUGCGAUAUUCAGUACCGAUAUUAAUACUGCUGUAUCUGUGCUAUAAGUUCUGGCCAGGAAUGAUGGAUGAGCUCUCCGAGUUGAGAGAAUUCUAUGAUCCAGACACAGUGGAGCUGAUGAACUGGAUUAACUCUAACACUCCAAGGAAGGCGGUGUUCGCUGGGAGCAUGCAGCUGCUGGCCGGAGUCAAGCUGUGCACCGGGAGGACCUUGACCAACCACCCGCACUACGAAGACAACAGCCUGAGGGAGCGGACCAAAGCGGUUUAUCAGAUAUAUGCAAAGAGGUCCCCGGAGGAUGUGCAUGCCCUCCUGAGGUCCUUUGGUGCUGACUACGUCAUCCUGGAAGAUAGCAUUUGCUACGAACGAAGGCACCAGCGGGGCUGCCGGCUGCGGGACCUGCUGGAUAUCGCCAAUGGGCACAUGAUGGAUGGCCCAGGAGAGAAUGAUCCCGAUUUGAAACUUGCAGGCCACCCUCGCUUCUGUGAAGAGAUAAAGAAAAACCUGCCACCCUACACAGCAUACUUCACUAGAGUGUUCCAGAACAAAACAUUCCACGUUUACAAGCUAUCAAGAAACAAGUAACCAAGCUCUCUGUUCAACCUCUAUUUUUGAUACAUGAAGGUCCAUCCUAAUGAAACUCAACAGUAACAUUUCAUAUGUCGUUAGGUAGCCUGUACCACAAAGCUGUGAUAUGAGUAAGUUGUAGAGAUGUUUACACAAGCGUUACCGUCCUUGACAGUAUCUUACACAAGCUUCUGUCUUUUCUAUCUUGUUUCAUUAAUGUUCUUUAGCCUAAACGUUCUCAACUUUCUAGGACUGGUCUAGAAUCUCAUUGUUGGGGAGAACACUAAGUGGGCCACAGCAGCCUGAACAGCCACACAUCAUGGUGGAAACCCAGAGGCUGUUCAGCAUUGAGAUACUGUUCACUGACUUCAGACAGCUAUGGUGGAAUCGAAUGAAGGGGAUGCAUAAUUAAAUUCUUAAGUAUUAUUUCAUUAGUGAAGACCAAGGGAUGGCUUUUUAAAAAGCUCCUUAUCAUCCUAUUUCACCUAAAUUUUUUAUAAUGUUUUCCAACUGUCAUGCUUUUAAUAUUUUUUUAAAAAUCAUGUUAGGUCUUUAUAUACAUCUAAAACUUUUCGUUGUGCCCUGUCUGAAAUGUAAAGUGUAGCACUUCAGUAUACGUGUCAUGUGUCGUGUGUGUGUGUGUGUGUUACGUGUACGCGCAUGUGGGUGCAUGUUUUAAUGCUGGAUACAGAAAAGUGUGACAAAUUCCUUAUUGUAAGUUGUGAAAGGAGCCGAAAUGUGAUGUAGCCAAGCGGGUUUUGUUACUGUUUAGUGUUAUUUUAAAAUCUAUUGAUACUAUUCAGCCUAUCUUGCAAGUAAGAAAAUUUUUCUUCAUUUCUUACUCAUUUAAAUUUACUGGGUUUGCGAAAUUUUCUAAACUUUUUGUUUUUAGCCUUUGUAUUUUUUACAGCCUAGAACCUUGCAAAGUCUGAAUAUUUUUAAAAUGUUCUAUCUUAACUAAUUCACUAAUACAAUAUUUUUGGCAGAGAGCAUUUUCAUACCAAAUUUGAUUUGUGGUCUCCAAUCUUACUGUGAGGGCCUGGGUCGUGUUAUUCUUUUUCUUACUAAAAGGUAACCAAGUGCCUCUAAGUCACGCUUAUUUGUAAACAACAAAGAGUAUUAUGUAUACCUGUUCAAAAAGUUUUUGAUAAUUGCUUUUAUAAUUAAUUUCUAAUGAGGGGGACAUGUAAAAGUUGCUGAUAAAAGCAUAUUGCACAUUUAAUUAAAUCAAGAUGGUUAAUGAAAUUAACUUUCUCCCCUGUUCUUGCCAGUUGAAAAUGAUGUAAAGGUUUCUCCUUGCAGUUGUACUGAAGUAAAUUACCGUACGCAUCAAGAUAGAUAUAUCACAUUUUCAAAUUAUUUCACAUUCCUACUUAUUAAACAGUAUUCAAAAAGAAAUGUUACACUGUCAUGUUGGACUCCAGGAUACUCAGUUUUUUUAUCAAAACUUAUUUAAAUAAAAAAUUGACACUGGCUGGGUUACUAAAUUAUGCAGCUGAAACUCCUGAAUUAUGUCUUUCCUGUAUCCUGUAAUAAGGUUGGAGACCACUGCAGGUUAGGAUAAUACAAUAAUAAAACACUUUAAUCAGUACUAAAACUUUAAUUAAGCCAGUAAUGAUGCAUGCCUAGUGUGGCUGACAGCAUGGGUCAGUACAUCCUUCAGCGAGUGCCUUACUCUUAAUUGAAACGAAGCACAUGUAAGGUACAUGUUAGACCAUGUAGUUUCGUUUUUCAAGUCGUCUAUUAACUUCCUGAUAGAUUUCGGUUUUAUUUUAACUAUUUCUAUAUGCACUAAUCUAAGCAUUUGGGUAUGUGGAGUCUCAGUAUAAGAAACAUGUACUUAAAUUUGUAUGCUUAUCGAUAACCACCACCUUGAUGGCACACAGGAAUCUUUUUCUCCUAGUGUAGGUGCCAUUGUUGCCAAGACAUCGAGUGUUGAGUCUUCAGUGAAAAAUAUAAAGUGCCAAAAAAAAAAAAAAAUCUUGCAAGACAGAAUCCAUGCAUAUACUCUUUCCAAGACACUGUGACCGUGUAGAGUAGACAUUUUUCUUUUCUGAUGACCACGUCUGUCAACAAAUCAUGUUAAACAUUGUUAAUGCUCAUCAGUUUCUCUUUUAUGACCUUCUCAUCGGAGUCCACAGGAAGAAAGAGGAAGAGUGACUGACUCCUGGCCCUCUACCAAGCCAGAGCACGUCACCCGGGGCCUUCGCUCCCCGCCACACAGAUCUCAGCGGCUGUGUUAAUAUUUGGUAAUAGCCUCAAAUUGUGGCUGUUUUUUUUAUGGGUAGAGUAACCACUUGAUUUUGCUUCAGAGUUAGCGUUCAGAAGAACCUCUAAGUACAGUAAGUGCUCUUAAUGACCUUCUGCUUACGUGACUCACCAGAUUCCCCGACAGUCUCCAUCCCUCCUGUGAGCUGACUGACCAGGCCGCUCCCCGUGUCCCCUCCUGCCUGUGCUCCCUCCUGUGCGCUCUGUGCCCCUGCCGAACUGCUCUGUGCCAGUUCUCCUUCUUGUUGUGAGGACACAGUUCAACACAGACCUAGGAAAUAGGGGUGUAAAAAGCAAGGGUCAUUUCUGUGAACAUUAACUGGAAUGUUUUGGUAAGGUUUGAUGAAGGUCGAGUUGCUAACAAAAAUUGCUUCUAAAUAAAUUAGGUGUGGUUGGGAAAAUUCUAAAUUAUUGGGAAAACAUAAAAUUCAAGAAAAUUUCUGAGCUUCGGUUGCUUUAUAGAUUUAAGUACUCACUCUGCCUUUAAAAAUAUCUAGACUGACCAGAGGUAUUAAAAUGUACCCGAACCAUAUUACUGUAUGAUUUAUGCAAGCCUAGAACUGGAAUCGUUGAACCCUUAUUGCAAAGGAAAGACCUUGGUUUCACAGCAGAUUAGCAAAUGAAUGGACAAUUAUACAUUUAAAGUUAUGAUUCCCUGCUGAAAUCUACUGGCUUCAUUAAAUGGCUGAUGCUGAUCUCAGUGGCUAAUAGAGAUUCUACUACAGUUGAAAGGUUCCAGUCACUCUUUUAUUACAGACUUGAGAAGUAGGGAUUCAUUUCAGAUACAUGAGCCAGGAGCAUAGUUAGGUGUUAUCUAGGCCAUCUGUUGUCCACUUAGAGAUGAUUUUCUUGAACUUUGUGAGGUCAGCGAGGGGUGUGUGUGUGUGGGUGUGCGUGCAUGCGUGUGCGCGCGUGGGGGGUAGGGCAAGGACAGAUGUAGAGGUUCAUCUGGUCCGCAUCUUUACUUCACAAAUUAGCUAAACAUGUUUAUUCUGAUCCCACGUGACUCAGACGUCUUUUUGUCUAAGAUGUACCAAUUUUAGCUCAUCUUUUCCAAAAGCUACCUGAGUUAACAUAGAAAUACUCCAUUUUUAAAAUUUCAUUUAAACCUUGGAAUUAAUAGGAAGAUACUAAAACAUGCUCAGAUCGUGUAUCUUGGUUAAUAUGCUCCCAGAUGCUUUAUAUAUGACAACCUUUUGGCCCAGAAGAGAGUGCUUUUCUGUUGAUGGAAAAAAACUUUUAAGAUGAGAGUAGAGUGGCUUGCUUUCUUGUAGCAACUGGCAACUGGCUUUCUGUAUUUAACAUCCUCUGGGUAAAAUCUUACAAAGAGCUUUUAUAAUUUGUUGUACUGAAUUGUACGGAGAUUAUAUACUAAAUAAAGCUCUUUUAAAGUACA